AGCGACAGUUGUUACAGGAAGAACCGCGGGUAAUCAGAGUGGGAGGAAUGAUAUAAAGAUGAGCGUCUUGCGAACGAUCGGAAUAGAAGAAUCGAUCCUACAACAUGUGGAGGUAUCGAACGAUCGGGCUUUUUGCCUUGCUGGCACUUCUCUGCAUUGACGCACAAGCUGCAGAGACCAGAGCGAAACGUAACCCUCACGGAUUUCACGAUGCAGCCGCUGAAAGCAGUUUCCUGAAAUCUCUUGCUGGUGUGGGUGGAUUAGGUGGUGGAUUAGGUGGUGGAUUUGGCGGAGGAUUUGGCGGAGGUUUCGGCGGAGGUGGCGGUGGAGGCGGAGGUGGAGGUGGUGGCGGAUUUGGUAGUGGUGGAGGAUUCGGUUCUGGUGGUGGUUUUGGUGGCUCCAAGGGAGGACCUGGCUGCCAUACCGGAGGUUGCGCUGGCCACGGCAGUAGUGGUGGUGCCGGAAGUGGUGCAGGAGGUGGUGCCGGAGGUGGUGCCGGAGGUGGUGCCGGAGGUGGCCUAGGAACUGGCUUAGGAGGUGGCCUAGGAAGUGGUCUAGGAGGUGGCCUAGGAAGUGGUCUAGGAGGUGGCCUAGGAAGCGGUCUAGGAGGUGGCCUAGGAGGUGGAGCUGGCGGGCACGGUGCAGGCGGGCACGGUGCAGGCGGGCACGGAGGAGCUGGUGGUCGCCCUGGCGGUGGAGCCGGAGGAUAUGGUGGCUCCGGAGCUGGAGGUGGCGCUGGAGGAUACGGUGGCUCCGGAGCUGGAGGUGGUGCUGGAGGAUACGGAGGAUCUGGCGCUGGCGGUGGUGCUGGCGGUGGGGCUGGAAGUGGUGCUGGAGGUGGCGCUGGAGGAUACGGAGGAUCUGGCCCUGGGGGUGGCGCCGGAGGAUACGGCGGCUCUGGAGCUGGAAGUAGCGCCGGGAGUCAUGCGGGGUCGACUGGAGUAGUAAAAACUGGUGGAUAUGGUGGCGCAGGCGGCGGAGCUGGAAGUGGUGGUUACGGUAGUUCAGGUGCCGGAGGUGGUGCUGGCGGACGUGGUGGUGGAGCUGGAGGAUAUGGUGGUGCAGGCGCCGGUGGUGGAGCUGGAGGAUAUGGUGGUGCAGGCGCCGGUGGUGGAGCUGGAGGUUAUGGUGGCCUAGGCGGUGGUACUGGUGCUGGUGGACACGGUGGCGCCGGUAGUGGAGCUGGAGGUUACGGUGGUUCAGGUGCCGGAGGUGGUGCAGGCGCCGGUGGUGGAGCUGGAGGUUAUGGUGGUCUAGGCGGUGGUGCUGGUGCUGGUGGACACGGUGGAGCAGGUGCUGGAGCUGGAGGUUACGGUGGUUCAGGUGCCGGAGGUGGCGCAGGCGCCGGUGGUGGAGCUGGAGGUUAUGGUGGCCUAGGCGGUGGUGCUGGUGCUGGCGGACACGGUGGAGCAGGUGCCGGAGGUGGAGCAGGCGGAUUUGGUGGAGCUGGUGCUGGAGGUGGAGCUAGUGGACACGGCGGCGCAGGUGCCGGUGGUGGAGCUGGAGGAUAUGGUGGCGCAGGCGCCGGUGGUGGAGCUGGCGGAUACGGUGGAGCAGGUGCUGGAGGUGGAGCAGGUGGUCUAGGCGGAAGCGGUGGUUAUGGUGGUUAUAGAGGGGCAGGCGCCACUUCCAGUGCCACCGCCAAUGCCAACGCCAACGCGAAUGCUUAUGCAGCUGCGAGUGCCAGUGCUAAUGCACAUGCUCUUGCUAAUUCAAAUGCGCAUGCAUCCGCCACUGCGAACGCAAACGCUGGUGCCGGUCUCGGAGGAGGAUACGGCGGUUACGAUGGUUACGGUGGUCCCGGUGGACAUGGAGUCGAUCUUUUUUCCCGUAUGGGCGAUAUCAACGAAGGAGUGAAUAAGAGCGGAGCCGUGGACAAAGCCAAAGGUGUCUACAGCAGUAGUGCAGCCAACAUCGAUUCUACUGGAAAGGGAUCAUACAAAGUAUCGGCUGGAAAAGUCUAAAUGGUCUUACCGGAGGAGGUUGAAGUCGACAUUUACGAUAGAAGACGAGCCAGAAUUUGAUCUGUGAUCAAAGGCUUGCGCGGGGCUCGAUUCGCGUAUCGCUAUUUUUACUGUUUAUACCUAGUCUGUCUUUAUUGUAUUCAAUGAAUAAAAUGCGUGGGCGAGUCUGGCGUAGCGCUAAACCUUUAAAAUACCUCCUCUUUAAAAUAGCAGAUUCACAUGACGUAAACUGUGCAGUUCGAAUAAACGAUUCAUUCUUACUUA